AUGGAUGAAGAAGUAAAGGUACGACCUCAUGUGUUGAUACCGUUGGAUGUGUUUAUAGAGAAACAAUCUGAAUUCAUUGAUCUGCUUAUUCCAGAAUUGAAAAAAAAUGAUGGUUCAGAAAUCAAUCUCAAUAACGUUAAACAAUUUGAUGAAUUGUUAACCCAUUUAGAAUUAACAUUUAGAACCAAUUAUGAAGCCAGUUAUAGCACUUCAAGUGAUUAUUCCAAUAUAAGGAUUCCUUCUUUAGAUAUUUUAAGAGUGCUAUUGACAUUGGCUUCUAGAUGCAGAAGUAGUAACUGGUCUGAUACAACUACUUCUAUAGAUGGGUUGCAAACUACUAAUGAACAAGUUAGAGUCUUGAAUGAAGAUUAUUAUAAUAGCAUACACAAACCUCCAUUACAAUCACGAAGUUUACUACUUUUACAAAACUAUUUUUCAUAUUUGCUGGAAUAUCGUAAAUUAGAUGAUCCAACCCUUCUAUUGUUAUAUGAUCAAUUUAGAAAGGUAUUUGAUGAUUUUAUCGUACGAAACAGAACAGUAACUAAAUCUACCUUACUGUCAUCAAAUAGCAACACUAUCCGUCCAGUAAUCAAACAAAGUUCAUCACCUAAGAGAAAAGGUGAUAUAACAAGUUAUUUCCAGAGUCCACCAAGAUCAUCUCCUCCUAGAAUUCCUCUUACGGAUAUCAAUCAAAAUGAAACUGGAAAACAUGCAGAUGACAUGAUUAUCAGUGAUUCUGAAGGGACGGUGCUGGAUAUAGGAUCAGGUGCGGUAGAUAUGGAAAGAGAAGUCAAUAAAUUCCAAAGCUAUAAUAUAACGCCUACUAAAAAGUUAUCCAGAAAUAUCCUUAGAUUGGAUGAUGAACAAAUGACAUCAGGAUUAAACAGUUCUGAAGCAUUGUUUAAUAGUAGUUCAAUGGAUAGAGAUAAAAACAAUAGAAGUAGACAAAGAAUGAUGUCACCUUCUAAGUUCCCUAAUUGGCAUUCAUUAAAAAUAUUUGAUGAUUCUAUUUUAAGUAAGAAGCUUAAUCCAAGAUUAAACCGGAAUUUUAAUCUUUGGCAAUUGGUCAAUUGGACAUUUUAUUGUGCAGAUAAAUCGUCGGAAAUCCAAAGACAAUCACCUAAUUCUAACUAUUCAGCUUUUCAUCUCAUUUAUUCAGCCCAUCGUGAUACAAUUGACUUUAUUUUCGAUUUUAUAUCAUAUAACUUUCAAUAUGAAUUAAAGAAUGAUCCAUUAAUCAAGAAAUCAGUGUCUGAUGGAAACGCAUUAGCUUCUAGUCGAUUAAAAACUGCAAAAUUUAUAGAGGACUCCGAUUCAAUCUUGCUCCUGAAACUUGUGACUCAACUAGGAGCAUCACAACGUGAUUGGUAUGAUAGAGCGGUUGAAUAUAUCUUUAACGGACUUGGAAAUAAAAGUAAAGAAGCUCCAAAGUCAUGUUACGAUAGAGAGAAGGGAUUAAUAAAUCAUGAUCAUAGUGUUAAAGAACAAUUUUAUAAUUUUUCAUCCAGUGAUUUUGUUCAUUUCAAUGAUAAUAUGGAUUCAAUGAAAAUCAGAUAUAAAAUUUGUAUGUUAUUAUAUCAAUGGUCCAAAUAUUUUCAUAAUAUCAAGGGAGGUUCAACUAAUUUUGAUAUAUUAGGUAAACGGGAAUUUUUAACUCAAUUAGCUUUUAAAUUCAAUGAUAUUGAUUUCUCAUAUAUCAUAAAAUUCUAUUGUGCAUUUGACCCUCCUUAUGAAUCAAUAAAAGAAAGGCAAGCUUUCCUCGAAGAAUUAAGUAAUAUACUUAUUCUUGAAAUUACAAAGACAGUAGAGGCAAACAUAUUCCUGAUUGAUACAUAUGAAACUAUCAUUGUUGAUGAUGAAGAUGCAAAUAUCCAUGAGUAUAAAGAAACUAUCGCAUUUGAAGCGGAUCCAGCAUUGCCACAAUUGUAUUUAGAACAUCCUAUACAAUUACGAAAUAUUUAUAAGAUGUUGGAUACCAUUGGUGAUCAAUAUAUUUACUCCGCCAUUAUUGAAGAUGAAACUUAUAAUAAUUUUGAUGAAUUCACUCAACAAUGGAUGAAAAUUAACUUUUUAUUUGAAUGGAGUAUUAACUUGGCUUUUGAAAGAUAUGAUGAUUUCAUCAAGAGUCGUACUGGUGACAAAGUGAAGAUUAGAAGUAGUUUUGAAACCAUUCGUUCCAAAUGUAAAACUGUGGAUCAAUUAAGAAGCAAACUUUUCCAGGAGUUUGUUAUUGAUCAUUAUGAAAAGGAUUCAUAUAACUUUAAGUUAACAGAAGAGCAAGUUCAAAAGAUUCAAAGAAAGAAUCCUAUUAUCAACUGCACAGAGGAUAUUUUUGAUCAAAGAUUCUACAAGUAUUUAGAACCACACAAUAGUGGUUAUUAUUGUUAA